AACUCACCCUCGAUAUCUGAUUGGUCCCUCGCUCCAGCGAUCCCGUCCUUCCCUCCAAUCAGACCUCACUGACAAGGAGUGGCAGUGGCUGCGACCAUUGAGGAAGGAGGUCUCCUAGCAAUCCCCGCCCUCUGCAUGAUUGGCAUCACGGUUGCCCAAUAGGAAGCGCUGGUGCGGGCGGGCUCCUCCCCGCCGCGUCGGGCCGGUCAGUGUAGGUGAAGAUGGCGGUCCUGGCCCCGCUGCUGGCGCUGUUCUACUCGGUGCCCGGGCUCUGCCGCUGGCUGGCGCGGCCCUAUUACCCGCUCUCGGCGCUGCUCUCGGCUGCCUUCCUGCUGGUGCGCAAGCUACCGCCGCUCUGCCAGGGCCUGCCCACGCAGCGCGAGGACGGGAACCCCUGCGACUUCGACUGGCGAGAGGUGGAGAUCCUCAUGUUCCUCAGCGCCAUUGUGAUGAUGAAGAACCGCAGAUCCAUCACUGUGGAUCAGCACCUGGGGAACAUCUUCAUGUUCAGUAAAGUGGCCAACGCGAUCCUCUUCUUCCGGCUGGAUGUGCGGAUGGGGCUGCUCUACCUGACGCUGUGCAUAGUGUUCCUGAUGACCUGCAAGCCCCCUCUGUACCUGGGCCCGGAGUAUAUCAAAUACUUCAGCGAUAAAACCAUCCACGAGGAGCUGGAGCGGGACAAGCGGGUGACCUGGAUUGUGGAGUUCUUUGCCAACUGGUCCAACGAGUGCCAGUCGUUCGCGCCCAUCUAUGCCGACCUCUCUCUCAAGUACAACUGCAUGGGGCUUAACUUCGGCAAGGUGGACGUGGGCCGCUACCCUGAUGUCAGCACCAGGUACAAAGUGAGUACCUCACCCCUCACCAAGCAGCUGCCCACCCUGAUCCUCUUCCAGGGCGGGAAGGAGGUGAUGCGCCGGCCGCAGAUUGACAAGAAGGGCCGGGCCGUCUCCUGGACCUUCUCCGAGGAGAACGUGAUCCGGGAGUUCAGCCUGAAUGAGCUGUACCAGAAGGCCAAGAAGCUGUUGAAGCAGCGAGAUGAGGGGCAGAAGGAGCCACUGGAGCAGCAGGAUACCCUGGCGGCCAGCAUGGAGCUCCCCAAUGGCGAGAGCAAGAAGGACAAAUAGAUCUGCCUCGCUCCCUGUAGUUGCCCCCCAUCAUCCUCUCCUGGCCGCUGUGCCAUGGUGCCCAGCACAACCCGUCUUUAAGAUGGUGCCGUGAUGAUGAGGGGAGCUGCAUGAGGGAGUCACCACCCUCCCUCUGGGGCUCAGCUGUGCCCUGGCUCCUCACUGGGCCAUGCUGGACUGCUUAUGUCUCUGCAGCAUCUUAUUUAUUCCUGUUCCUCUCUGGCAUCACCUAAAGAACUGGCUGCAGGCUGCUGAUUGGCUGCAAGGGGUGGGCAGUGAUUGGUCCAGCAGGGGCUGGGGGUAGAAUUCCCCUAGGGCUCUAGAGCCGCUGGGUUUGAGGGUGCAGCCUCUCCAGGUUGAAUGGAACCAAGGGGGGCUGGGUGGGGGGGAGUGUUGACUUGGGCUGAACCAGCUUGGGAUGAGGAUGUAUUGCGGAUGGGCCCAACCACUUCUUGCUGGAAGAUAUUCUCUCCUCCCCCCUUUUCUGUUUGGGGGUAAGGAGGUGCACGGGACUCCUCCUAACUGUAUAGUGCAUGUGUUGGGUGUAGGUCAGGUUCCCAUUGGACCGGUUCUCCCCCAUGCCUCGCUUGGGAGGGCUGUAGGCUUCCCCUGUUGGCUAACCCAGUGGCUGGGGGAAUCUGGCCUGUGCCUAGCAGUGUGGGGAGAGGAGCUGGAGCGUAUGUGCUGCUCUGGGGAUGGGGGAUAGAGCAGCCUGAGCAUGUAACACACUCUCAUCCCAGCUAGGGGCUGGUGGGAACUGAACUCUGCUGCUCUGGAGGACUCUUAGCCAGUGCCUGACUUCUGCCCCUUCCCCACUGAAGAGCCAGGCCGCUACUAGUUUCCUUUCCCUUCCUUCCAGCUGGUCUUGGUUUAACCCUUCAAGUGCCAAAAGUCAGCUCAUGGGGCAAGAAGGGCAGGUGGUGCCUGGCUGAGUGUAGCACCUGAACUCUGUGCGAGCUGGAGGAGAGGAAUUGACUGGAUGGCCCUAGAGGGGCUCCCCUGUUCUGUGCCUGCAGCUACCUGGGGCACCGCCCCUCCUGAAUCAUAGCAAAGGCCUCUUCGUCCCAGCCAUGAAGGGGAGAGGAAGUUGUGAUGGCUGAGCAGCUGUGGCUCCUAGAAGCAUGGAGUAUUUGUCCUGUUAAUCAUCUCUUCCCUUGACAGUGUCUAUAAUAAACCAAUUAAGAAUGAA